AAUCCAUUGAACCAUUGGAAAGAAAAAAAAAAGGAUAAUAAUAGCCCCACCCAAGGACACUAAGCUUUUUUUCUUGAAGCCUCCGAAAACAAAACCCGUGACCGAUGGCCAAUACAUAUCAAGUGCCUAGUAUAGAAAUCCAACCCGUCAAACGAGACGAAACAGUGACUCGGCCUCGAACGUUUUCGCUGUCCUCCCUUGUAGGAAAGACUCGUCGAGCUUAUUCCGUCUCUUCCGCUUACCCACCCGGGAUUCAUCCAGCUCUUGCAGUGCCCGGCCAUAAGAAUGCCAACGACCACUCGUUAUCACCAAGAGAUUUCGCCGCCCUGGACAGUGUCUGGCGAGACGGAAAAGGCAAAGGGUUAUCCAACCUUACUGCCGCCCAACGUCGCAAUUCCGUGGCGGCGGCUCAACGCAAAUACGAAGAUUUCGAGCAAAAGAUGGAAGCCGCUCCCUUAUUUGUCCUCGUAUCGACCUAUUUAAACUAUCUGGUUCUUAUUCUCUUUGGUCAUCUGCGAGACAUUUUGGGUAAACUGUUUAAACGAAAAGAAUAUGCCCACCUGAGAACAAACGAGGGUUAUGCCCCUCUGGUCUCUGAUUUUGAUUCAUUCUAUACACGACGCAUGUAUCUUCGCAUUCGUGAUUGCUGGAAUCGACCCAUCACCGGUGUUCCGACAAGAAAGACCAUGGUUCUUGAGCGGGAAUCAAAAGAUUUCAACAAGACGUUCAAGUUGACUGGACGAAAAAUUGAGACCAUCAAUUUCGCAUCGUAUAAUUAUCUUGGUUUUGCCCAGAAUACUGGCCCUUGUGCGGAUGCCGUGGAAGAAUGCACUCGUGAAUAUGGUGUUGGCGUGGCGAGCAGUCGUCUGGAAGCGGGUUCAUCCGAUCUCCAUAACAGACUGGAGAAAAAGGUCGCCGAGUUUGUUGGGAAAGAGGAUGCCAUUAUCGUGUCCAUGGGAUUUGCUACCAAUGCAACGACCAUUCCAUCUCUGGUUGGCAAAGGUUGCUUAAUUAUUUCGGAUGAGCUUAAUCACAGUUCAAUUGUAUUUGGUGCACGAUUAUCUGGAGCUUCCAUUCGUGUAUUCAAGCAUAACAAUAUGAUUGAUUUGCAGCAGUUAUUACGGGAAGUGAUUUCUCAAGGUCAGCCGAGAACACAUCGUCCCUGGAAGAAGAUCAUGAUCAUUGUGGAGGGGCUGUAUUCCAUGGAAGGAUCCAUUGUCAAUCUGCCAGAGUUGAUUCGGUUAAAACGACAAUACAAAUUCUAUCUUUACGUGGAUGAAGCGCAUUCCAUUGGUGCGUUAGGCGAAAACGGAGGUGGUGUUUGCGAUUUCUAUGGCAUUGAUCCGAAGCAUGUGGAUAUUUUGAUGGGAACCUUUACAAAGUCCUUUGGUGCCGCGGGCGGUUACAUUGCAGGCGAUAAGGCAGUCAUUGAUCACCUACGCUUGACUAACCAUACAUUCUGCUAUGCCGAGAGCAUGAGUCCUCCAGUGACACAGCAAGUCCUGACCAGUUUGGGCAUUAUUCAUGGUGAAGAUGGGACAGACGAUGGGCGAAAGCGUAUUCAACAGCUGGCCGAUAAUUCGCGGUAUUUUGCGAGCAAAUUGCGCGAAAUGGGAUUUAUUGUGUAUGGAGAUGAAGGCAGCCCUGUGAUUCCAUUACUGCUUUUCAACCCUGCCAAAAUCAGUGCAUUUUCGCGAGAGGCGUUAAAACGGGGAAUCGCUAUCUGCGUAGUAGGGUAUCCAGCCACCCCCAUUAUCAGUUCUCGGGCAAGGUUUUGCGUCUCGGCCUCCCAUACACGUCAAGAUCUGGAUGAUACAUUGGAGAAACUCAGCGAGAUUGGUGACCUGCUGAUGCUUAAGUUUAAACGUUCCAGUUAACUACUGAGGCUUGUCAUGUUGCUGCCGCUGUUCGUCGACAACCCUUUUUGUCCUUUGAUCUCGUUUUGUCGAGAUCCUGUACAGACGACAACAGUUUACUAUUCCCCUCCUUUUUUUUUGACUUCUCUGUUUUUCACUAUACUUCUUCUUAAUCCGCAUUCUUUGUACUUUUUUAUUCAAUGACUGCAUGCUAUUGUU